AUGGAUGAAUUCUCUUUUACUAAUAGCGAUUAUUUCGAACAAAUUGCAAAAAUAUUACCGCCUAAGGCAAGAAUGAAUCAACAUAACAACGACGUUGGACGACAGGUGACUCAGGAGAGUCUCUUCAGAAAGUGCAAAUGUCACGGCGUUUCAAGCAGUUGCAAUGUAAGGACAUGCUGGAAUACCUUGCCCGACCUCAUAGAAAUCGCUUUUAAAUUAAAAGAACAAUAUGCAUUCGCAUUUCAAAUCCUCGAGCACACUACUGAUCAUGGACUUGAACAUAGAGCAAUGAGAUCAGAACUUUCGAAGCAACACCUUGUUUAUCUAAAGAGAUCACCAGAUUACUGCGUUGAAGACAAAACUACAGGAUCAUAUGGUACUUCAAUGAGAGAAUGCAAUGUAACUUCACCUGGUGCUAAUGGAUGCGGUAGUUUAUGCUGUGGCAGAGGUUACAAUAUACGGCAGGUGAAAAUAGAAGAACAGUGCGAAUGCAAAUAUGUUCAUUGCUGCUAUGUAAAAUGCAAAACGUGUUCUUAUUUCAUUGAUAAGCAUUAUUGUAAAUAG